AUGUCACCAUAUCGACUGGUUUUCAGGAAAGCAUGCCACUUACCUCUUAAGAUAGAACAUCAUGCUUACUGGGCAAUGAAAAAAUUGAAUUUGGAUUUGAAGGCUACGGGUGAAAAAUGUCUCCUACAACUUAAUGAGCUGGAUGAGCUCAGAAUGGAAGCCUACAAUAAUUCAAGAAUCUACAAAGAGCGCACCAAGAAAUGGCAUGACAUGCACAUUCAGAGGCGUGAAGUGCAGAAAGUGCUACUCUAUAACUCUAGGCUUAAGCUGUUUCCAGGAAAACUGCGAUUGAGGUGGUCUGGUUCAUAUACUAUUACACAAGUUUUUCCACAUGGGGCAGUUGAGAUCACUCACGACAGCAAAGGGACAUUCAAGGUUAAUGGACAGCAUCUGAAGCACUAUUGGGGCGGUGAUUUUUCAAAGGAAAAGUCUACCGUUCAUCUUAGACCACCAGAAUGA